ACCGGCCGUGCAGGCUUCCGUAGAGACGCCUCAAACAUGGUUGCUUCCAUGUGCUAACGUGAGAGUGGACUGGAAGCCGAGUCUGCACCGUAGAGGGGAGGAAUCAGACAGUGCAGCGAGACCUGUGUCACCUUUACAAGAAAAUCUCUGACAAAGUCGAAGAGCAGCUUUCGCCUUGUAGAGGUGUCACAGGCACCAUCCCUUGAUGCUGGUGCGGUCAGCUCAGCUGUUCCCCCUCAUCGUUUCCAGUCACCUGUAUCAUUCUUGCACUGGUUCUGUUAGACAGAUAUUUCAGUGGAGGCUACAAACUUCUGCUGCUGCUAUCAUCAGGGGGUUGAGAUCUAUGGAGCCCCUAAAAGCCUCUCAAAACCCAGAAGUUCCCACUACCAGCCCUUCACAUACAUCUACUGGAGCCUCAGCAGACGCUGGGAGCCCAGCCUCCACACACACAGCAUCUGACAAGGAGAAGAAACCUCAUGUGGAUCUUUUACCAGGAGAGACGGUGAUCAGGGAGGGCAAGGCGGCCAUCUUGUUUCCCAGUGCAAAUGAAGUUUUUUACAACCCAGUCCAGGAGUUUAACAGAGAUUUGACAUGCGCUGUGAUCACAGAGUUUGCCAGAGAUCUGCUGGCUCAGCGCGGGGUGAAGGUGGUGGUGCCUGGAGAGAAGGAGAGGGUGGUGGUCUCUCUGUCAGAGGAGAUGAAUGAGGCCAGUGUACAGAUGGAGGAGAAAAACGGAGCAGAGGAGCCAGCUGUAACUGCAACAGUAGGGGAGAAAUGUGAGCUCGGUCUUCGUGUCCUGGAGGGGCUGGCGGCGUCGGGUUUGCGCUCAGUGCGUUUUGCUCUGGAAGUCCCGGGCCUGCAGAGCGUCACCGCCAACGACUUCUCCGCCAAGGCUGCGGCCCUGAUCGGCAGGAACGCCCAGUACAAUGGAGUUAGCCACCUGCUCCAGGCUAGCUGCAGGGACGCCAGUAUGCUGAUGUAUGAGAUGCGAGGGAAGAAGGAACGCUAUGACGUCAUUGAUCUGGAUCCCUAUGGUAGCCCUGCCUGCUUUCUGGAUGCCGCCGUACAGGCCGUCAGCGAAGGGGGUCUAUUGUGUAUAACAUGUACAGACAUGGCGGUGAUGGCAGGAAACAGUGGAGAGACCUGCUACAGCAAAUACAGUUCAGUCUCCAUCAAAGCCAAAUACUGUCAUGAGAUGGCCCUUCGUAUCAUCCUGCACAGUCUGGACCAGAGGGCGGGGGUGUACCAGCGAUACAUCCAGCCCCUGCUGUCCGUCAGUGUCGACUUUUACAUUCGAGUCUUUGUGCGUGUCUUCACAGGACAGGCCACAGUCAAAAACUCAGCCAGCAAACAGGCUCUGGUCUACAACUGUGUCGGCUGUGGGUCUUUCCACCUACAGAGAAUGGGCAGGAGAACAAGCAAUGGAAAACAUAUGAAAUAUUCUGCAGCCACUGGACCUCCUGUUGGACCAGAGUGUGACCACUGUGGACAGAAGCAUCAGCUGGGUGGGCCUAUCUGGGCGGAGCCCAUCCACGACUUGGCGUUUGUCCAGAAGGUUUUGUCUGCUGUGUCUGGGAACCCGUCCCGGUUUGGAACAUCCAAACGCAUCGAGGGCGUGCUCAGCAUGGUGACUGAGGAGUUGGAAGAUGUGCCUCUUUAUUACACUGUGGACAGUCUGAGCAGCACGAUACACUGCAACACUCCCCCCCUGCUCCAGUUCAGGUCUGCCCUGCUUCAUGCUGGUCACAGGGUUUCCCUCUCUCAUGCCUGUAAGAACGCCAUCAAGACAGACGCUCCUCCUGCAACCAUCUGGGACAUCAUGCGAGGCUGGGAGAAGGCUAAUCCUGUGAAGAGGGAGAAGCUUUCGCAGACCAGCCCUGCCUUCAAGAUCCUCUCUACUGAGCCCAGCUUGGAGGCUUGUUUCACUGUGAGGGAAGACGCCAACCCUCAGUCCCGUAAACGCCACCUGACCCGGUUCCAGGAGAAUCCUCAGGCAUUCUGGGGACCCAAAGCUCGCGCCAAAGCCAGCGGUAACAUCUCCACCGACCUGCAAGACAAGAGGAAGAAGUGCCAGAACAAGAGGAAGAACCAGAUCACAGACUCUUCUCAGCUGAAAAACUUCCCCUGCAAGAGGUUCAGACAGGGAACGUGUACACAUGGAGACAAAUGCUGCUACUCCCAUGACCUGGAGCUGACAAAGGAAGAGAAAAUGGAAUGAUUCUAUUGUAUUCACCUAAUUCAGUUCUUUUUUUUUUUUUCUUUUAAUAAUUUUAUUCCUGAAGUUUGAAUGUCCCAGUGCAGACUGGAUGAAGUGAGACUGAUGCAGUCAGAUUGUAUUUUGGUGGGGACAACAACCAAACACUGUUACUAUAGAGAACAUAUCCCAUUAUUCAGUUUUAUGGCAGAAGUUUUUGCUUUAGGUUAAUAUUUUUUGUAUUUGACUGUGUAUUUGUCAACGCAUCACUUUCCAGUAAAGUUCUCACUAUGACUUUAAAUAUUUUCUGCGUGUUUGU